UGCAGGUUACAGUUUGCCUUUUGAUCUGAUGGUCCCUCGCACCAGCAGCUCUGCGCAUGCGAGUUUCUCAUCAUCGGUAUUCGUCCGCUGUGUGUGGAGGCAGUGGGGAGUAACGUGGUCGGGUCAGAACCGCCUUUGAUUGCUUCUUUUUAUGCGCUAUGCAGAAAAAAGACGUAACGAGGCCGUUGCUGGUAAUUGCCUCGCCAUAUAGUGAUGCCCCAGCAAAUGACUACAACAUCAUAAAUCAAAAUAAUUGCUCUGCCCUUUGUGACUGCGUAGGAUAAGUUUCUCGCUCUCUGAUCACUGAAAGUGCCAACUGUUUCCAUGAGCCAAAAGGUCCACUUUCUACUAAAAAUAGCCAUCGUUGCUGCACAAGCAACAGCAGCGGGAUGGAGCGUGGAUGGGUCCUGGUGCGUGCUUCAUUUGUGACACUGUUGCUGAUUUGGGUCUUGUCUGUUACCGCCGAUGAGAAAAAUGUCACGGAUCUUUAUGUUCUGACGCUGUUCCCGAUGUCCGGGUCCUGGGCGGGGGGCCAAGGCCAGCGACCGGCGGUGGAGAUGGGGCUGCGCCACGUCAACUCCAACCCGGCCCUGCUGCCCGGUUACCGCUUGGUUAUGGUGCCAGAGAAGGCCGAGGAGGCAGACACGCAGUGUAAUGGAGGCAAGGGAACUGAUGUUAUGUAUCGCGAGCUUUACAACCAAACAACGACCAAGAUCAUGGUACUUGGUGCUGGAUGCUCCAUCGUCACCCAGCCUACAGCGCAGGCGUCACACCACUGGAACCUGAUUCAGCUGUCUUACUCCUCGGCAUCACCGCUCUUGUCCAAUCGAAACCUUUUCCCCAAGUUCUUCAGGGCGUUUCCCCCCGAGACCGUGUUCAACGCGGUCAAGUUUGCAAUGCUCAAGCACUUCGGCUGGAAACGAGUGGCCACACUCCACCAAACUAUCGAUUUGUUCUCCUUGCCAACUGUUGCUUUCCUGGAUCAAGCUAAAGAAAACGGAAUCGAGAUAAUAACAUCUGAAAGUUUUGCCGACAACCCCGACAUCCAAGUGUCGAAUCUGAAGAAACAAGGCGCACGAAUAAUCAUCGGUAAUUUCUACGAGACCAAAGCGAGGCAGGUAUUCUGCAAGGCUUACAAAGAAGGCAUGUGCGGCAAGAAAUAUGUCUGGAUCAUAACCGGAUGGUACAGUCACCAGUGGUGGUUAGGGGAACAUGAAGACAGCAAACACGACUGUACAAAGGAGGAGAUGUCGGAGGCCGUCCGCGGUUACUUCACCACCGACGCACUGCCGCUAAGCCUUGCCAACGCCCCCGGCGUAGCUGGUAUCACGACAGCGCAGUUUCUGGAGGAGUACAGAGAGUAUGUUAGUGGGCAUCCAGAGAAGUUGUCCGGGUACCAGGAAGCUCCGUACGGUUUCGACAGUGUGUGGACAAUAGCACUUGCGCUACAGGAGGCGGAAGCAAGACUUCAAAAAUUCGAUCCGCCCAGGACGAUUGCAGACUUUUCAUACGAGGACGAAGAGAUGGCAAAUCUAUUCUUUGAAAUAAUGAAUGCAACAAACUUUGAAGGCGUGUCGGGACCUGUACAAUUUACAUUCGAUGGUGACAGAAAGGGACUGAUGCAAGUUGAACAACAGCAAGAUGAAACUGAAGUCCGGGUGGGGAUUUAUCAUCCUUCAUCCCUGGAAGAGAACAAACUUGAGUGGACAAAUGAUCCACCGAUUGUCUGGCAAGGCGGCAAGCCCCCGGCUGAUUCUAUCCAAGAGAAAGAAAUACCACAAACCAUCUCACACGGUCUGUUCAUCGGGGUAUCUACGCUGGCAACAGCGGGUAUCCUGCUAGCGUUAGGAUUUCUAGCCUUUAAUGUGCGCUUCAGGAAGAGAAGAUUUAUCAAGAUGUCUAGCCCGAAAAUCAACAACCUCAUUCUUGUUGGAGGUAUCCUGAUUUAUGUGUCAAUCUACUUCAACGGUCUGGACACCAGCAGAGUUCACUUUGAUUCCUAUGUCUCAAUGUGCAAGGCCAAUACAUGGUGCUUGGGAAUUGGCUUCGCUAUGGCAUUUGGCGCGAUGUUCAGCAAAACCUGGCGUGUGCAUAAGAUUUUUACCAGCAAAGCCAUGAUGAAAACGAUUAUCAAAGACUACCAGCUAUAUGUGAUGGUUGCUGUCCUAGUCCUGAUCAUCACUCUAGUUUUGAUAAUUUGGGAAGUCGUGGAUCCACUGCAGAUAGUUGAGAGAAAAGGAGCGAGAGAGCAAACAGAUGACCUUGAUGUCGUCAUCAUUCCUGUCCACGUGACCUGCGAGUCAACAUGGCAGGUGUACUGGGUCGGGACUCUGAUUUGCAUUGACGGGUUACUGCUCAUCUUCGGAGCCUUCCUAGCCUGGGAAACGAGAAAAGUUACCGUACCAGCCUUAAACGAUUCCAAAUACAUUGGAAUGAGUGUGUAUAAUACUGUCAUCCUAUCCUUCACCGUUGUCCCUGUGUCACUGAUCCUGGACGAGGUUGACGCCCGUUACGCCAUCGUGUCUUUCUUUACUUUGUUUGCGACGACGCUAACGCUGUGCCUAGUUUUCGUGCCAAAGGUGAGAGCACGCAAUGAAAUUCACCCUAAGGGCACCAUGCUGUCCACCAUGAAAAGUGGUGAGGAAGGAGAGAGCGACUCAGACAGGCGAAUACGCAUGCUCAGUGAGAUGAUCCAGAGGUUACAGACGUCACUCGUUAAGAAGGAUGAUAUUAUAAAGGAGCUGGAGACGGCUGGAAUCAGUGGACAGAGCAGACAACACGGAGAAUCUGCAGACGAGGGCACUAACACCGACGGCACGUCUCACGAAGAUCCAGGGAGCAGUUAGCUUACGUGAAUGUACCAGCACUCCCGUAACUAACUUAAUGGUUCACGAGAUACAAUGAAAGCUUUCUGCCCUUCCGUUUUAUUCACGUCGUCUCCACCGUUACAACCAAAAAUCCAAAACACUUAGAAACACGCUGUACGGUACCUCCAAAGGUGAUGAGAUCAUCACUCAUGAUGUACCUUGGGAGUUUUAUCUACAAUGUAUAUAUGAGCCCUGAGCUGGACCAAGAGAGGGCGCAAUUCGCCUAGCAACGGAAGCUCCUUCAGUCGGAACUGCACUUCGAUCGCUGGUUCAACUAUGAAAUGCACGUGUAACGGUCGCGUCGCUAAACGAAUACUCCCAACCAACAUGGCUCUUUUGAACCGAUGAGGGGGUGCUUCUGCUCAAGGCAGAUGAAGAACCUAAAUUUGACAGAGUCUCUCGAGCCUUCUACACAAAGUAACCAAUACAUGUAUUGUUCCUCAGAUGAAAACAAUACCAUUGACUGGUUACUGAAAGUAAAAUCCUAUCAUUUCUGCCAUGCAGAACUAGGGACCACUAAAUUUGACGUGGUAAAGAAAAAAGUCGAAUUGUUUCAGAUUUGGUUUCGGAAUCUCAACUACACAACACCCGACUGCUUGACGGACUGACUUGAGAAGACCAAAUCUCUGAAAGAUGACGGCCCGAGAGACAGCCUGACCGGAAGGGAGACAUGACAACAUGAAACCAGACCAAACAUGGAAUGACACACAAGCUACAAAGGGCUACAUAACAACGAAAUAAACCGGAUUUUGGACAAAACCGCGAUAUAAUCAAAGGUUACCGUGCAGGAUAUGUACCGUGCUUGGCGUUUUAUCCCAAAUUUAUUUCCACGUAGCAACUCAGUAACUUCACAUGGCCGACAUGUUCGGAAAUUUUCAUUUGUAUUUUGAGUGCCAAUUGUAAGAUAAGAACGAUAAUAAGACCUGAAGCAUUUUUCUUGUUUAAGAGAAGAGGUUAACCGUGACAAAGGAAUGUAACAGGCCUUGUGAAUUGCAUAUUUAACCAUUUUUUAAAAUUGUGUGCAUCACUAAACGUAGUGCACAUAAUUCUUUUCGUGUUUAUCAUUCAGUGGUUAAGAUUUGGUUAAUAAAUGUAUUUAUUAAAACUUGACAAUGUGUUUCUACCUUGACGAAUUUCACAUUUCAUAUGUACAUGGACAAGUAAUAAAGUAACUGAGAAACCGAA